AAAAAAAAAAAAUUUACCAAAUUUAAUCUUUUUUUUUUAUACGUUUUUGUGAAAUCUACACUAACAUAUUUAUUUUUAUUAAUACGCGUUUUUAGUUUAAUUCAUAAAUGACGCGUUUUUUGUAAACGAACGCGUAAAUUUAAACAACUUCUUUAGGGUACACCCCCAUUUUACGAUUAAUGUUUGAAAGAUAUUUAAACCCUUCGUUUUGGUCGACUUUUCUCAAACAAUUACGAUAUAUCUUCUUCUAAAUUUUACACAAAUUUACAUAAUGUACAGUUCAAUAAAAAAUGUCUACAACUAACAAUAACUCGAUUUUCUUUUCGUCUCUUGAUGAUGUCUCUUUAUCUCCUUUGAAACUUUCUAAUCUUAACUCCCAAGGACGGACACAACCAAGGUCGUUCCCCGUUCUGCUGCAGCCUAAACUUCAAAGACCUACACUUUUUUCGUUAUUGGGGUCAACAAAAAGCUGUCCAAGAAAUUCCUUGAUUCAAGAACUUGAUUUUAGUUACGUAUCUAAUACGGCUCUAAAACCAUAUAGUGAACGUACUUCUGUCGUGAUUGACCAAGCGUGGGCACGUACAUCAGCAACACCGACUCCAUACACGGACGAACACUUCACUGAUAAAGGCGUGUGGAAAGCUCAAGUAACUCCUAUAUCACAACGUAAUUUUGUUAGUCCUGUGUACCAACUUUUGGAUAAUACGUCUUCAGAGUCUUCGCCAGUUGAAAAACAUUCUCCCGAUAUUAACAAAGAGUGUUUACAUGAUAAUACUAAUAUUACACAAAAGCCAACUCCAGAGCGUAAUAAUGUUCUUUCUGUUCUUUCUGUUCUUUCUGAGAACCAGUUACACCAACAGCAUUUGGAUACAAAUCAAGAAUUAAUACAAGCUCAACAACAUUCUCCAUUUAUUAAAUUUAUUAAGCAAUCGCGUACUCAUACUAAUAUUUCACAAAGGUCAUCUGGAAUGGUAGAGCAUAAUAUUAUUAUUCCUGAACAUGACAUAAUACAAGAACAUACACCGGCUCACCAACGCUCACCUUUUGUUAUCAAUAAAAAAUGGUCACAUAACUCUAAUACUCUACAAGAACCUACUCCCAUGGCUGAAUGUCGUUAUUCUGAGCAAGGAUUUAACCGACUUUCUCACACACCUCAAGGCUCAUCAGGUCGCUCUUCAUUCGAUACUGAUCAAGGUUGGCCACAAAUGUCACCUACAGAAGGUUAUGCACAACUUCCUCCAAUAAUGAUUCCUGAUCGGGAGUUAGACCAACGAGCUUCCAUCGUAAUCCCAGAGCAUGAAAUUAACCAACAAUCUAAUAUACAGCCUCGUAUACAAUGCCUCCUACAAUCUUAUUCACAAGCCGAAUCAGCAUCAACUACUCUUCUGACACUCAAUCAACGUCUAAAACAAGAACAAGCAAAUAAAGAGAAUGAAUUUGAAAGCAAAGAAUUUGCAUGUUCUGAAUGUGAUAAAAUAUACAAAGGAAAGAAUGCGCGCUCAAUUUUGCGUCGACAUCUUAAAGAUAAACACAAGAUAGAACAACCAAGAGGCACACGCUGGGAUAAUGACCCAAAUCGUCCUAAAACGGACGAAGAACGACGACAAAGAAUGUUAGAGUCAAAGCGAAGAUCUGCAUUAAAGGCUCGUGAAAGGAAGAAUAAUCAAAGAGUCAUGAUGCAACAAACAAACAAUAGUCAACCAGUAUCACAACGAAGUGAACUUUACCCCGUUUCAAAGGCAGAACUCUCGUUAAUUUUGUCCCCUCCACGAACACCAAGGAAUUUGUGUUCAUCGCCAGUACAUUACAAAAUUCAGUAGGAAAUUCUCAUGGGAAACUUUGCUUUUUAUUUUGCAACUAGUAAAAUGUUCGGUUGCGAGGAAAGGAAAUUAAUUUUGUUUACAAAUUUAUUUCCUUUUUUAUGUACAAUGUUUACAACUUUAUUCUUUUGUUACAAGAAACAUUUGUAAAAAAACUUUUAAAAUUAAUAAUAAUAUAAUAAU